UCUUCCCAGAAAAAAAGUUGUGUCCCAAACACCACUUUAUUGAACAUUACCCAUAUCUUAUCCAAAAGUUUGGACCUCCAAGUGAGCAUUGGACCAUCAGGUUUGAGGCAAAACAUUCUUUCUUUAAAAAAGUGGUACGGGAUGUUAACAACUUUAAAAACAUUUUUUUUACUCUUGCCUCAAGACAUCAGCUUAUGUUGGCACAUUAUCUCGCGAUGCCAAGCAUUUUCAAGUCUGAGGCUGAGACUGCAAAGGUAUCUGAAGUGUGCUUCGAAGUGUUAGACACUGCUGUCAAACAAGCCAUCUUGAAUAGAUUCAGCAAUGUUGACACAGUGGGACUGACCCCUCACAUAUUUCUAAAUUGAACAAAGUAUUCAAAAGGAAUGAUUCUCUCUGCUGGAAGUACAAGUGGAUUACCAGACUUUGGAAAAAUUUUGGAAAUAUGCAUUGUGAUGGACCAGCAUAUUUGCUUCAUUAUUGAACCUUUUACAGCCUACUACAUAGAGCAUCUGCCAAGUUACCAUCUUGUGAAGAAAAACCCUUCUGAGUGUGUUUUGGUGAAACCAGAGGAUGUCAACGACUACGUGCCACUGGUGUCGUACUUCAUUCGGGGCUGCCUCCUGGUCACUCCCAAGAUCUUCCUACCUACUGAAGUAAACCUGCUGUGAAAGUGGUCUACAAUGCUUCUGCGUGUUGUAGUGUCAGAAACUGACAUCAGACGUCUUUCAGUUGAAGCCAUUCCCUCAAAUGUUAAGGAACUAGGUGUUGCGAACCAGCCUUGGUCUCAGAGGAGGAUUCAUUUUGCAGUUUGAGGAUCCUGAUUUCAAUAAUCAGUUGUGCAACCUAACGGACAUCAAAGACCUUCCUGUGGACCGGGCAACUGUGAAAGUAUUGUUCACAGUUGAAGACUCCACUGAUUCUACACUGGACACAGGCAGCCUCCCUUCCGUCAGUAGUGGGGAUUCUGUUGAACGGCCUGAUCCUUUCCCAAUUCCAGAGUUCUCGCAUGACGUAGAACUGCAACUGACAGAAGGAAAUUAUAGAUAUAACAAGGAUGGAUCUGUGAUGGUGAUUUCUAAAGGUUUAAAGACUGAUAUCCUCGACACGCUUGCAGACAGUAUGUCAAAGAUUAGUGCUUAUCCUGAGAGACAGCACUAUGAAAAUGUAGCCAAAGCACUGGUGGAGAAGCAUCCCUGUCUGCGCGACCCAGGGUCUGAGAAAGGAUGGUACUCUUGGUUUCACAGCCUGAAAUUUAAGCUUGGAAACUAUCGGCAAAAGUUGAGUGCAGCAGGAUGCCCUGAAGUUAUUAUAAACAAAAGAAAAACAGGAGGUUCAAAGGGAAAAUCUGUCAAGAAGUCAAAGAAGGGUGAGGUAAACUACUGUCCUGAUCCACCUGAAGGACAAAAUCCUGAAAGAAUGGAAGAGAAGCGCAAGAUAAUGGAGACAGAAAUGCAGAAGAAAGACCCUGACCACCAGCUGCUAGAGGAUCUGAUGGUUGCUACAUUUUCCAAGCGUAGAAAAGAGAUCAUUGGAGAUGAACCACACAUCACAGAGCUAAUUUCCCGAUGGCCAGCUCUGAUUCAAGAGAAACAGAUUAGGGCAGAAUUUAAGAGGAUCGUUACCACAGACCUUCUGGUAUCCUUUCUUGACGGACUUGAUGGCCUGGUCCCAAGACUCCUGGAGAUGUACAAAACAGCAACAAAGUCUGGGAAGAAGCAGUCACUCAAAGACAUUCUGGACUGCCUUGAGAAAGAUGACACAAAGGAGAGGAGAAGGGCUGCUGCUCUGCUUGGUCUGCCACACUACAUAUCAGGAGAAGAUCCAUCAGAUGUCAUCAGGAUGUGUGAUGCUCAUGUUGAGACUCUGGAUGAAGCCAUGAAAGGGAUGCAGCUUGGCCUUGUGAUAGGCUGUGAAGGUGGGAAACAGGGUUUCAUUCCACAUGAGGUCUUCGAUGUGGCAGUUGUGGUGGAGGAGACCAUCGUUCUUCACAACGUUAAGGAUGUGGCACAGAGCUUUGCCAUGCUUAUGGGUGUCAUCUACUGUGUCAAUCUCAAGUAUCCAGAUGCCAUGAAGUACUCCUUUGAGUUUAUUCAGAGAGUGGUGAUGAAGAUAAAACCAGACCAGGCCUCGGCUCGAGUACACGGCUUGAGAAACAGAAUCCUGAGGUAUAAACUGUAAAGACCUGUGAGAAUGUUGUUCACUGUUCUUUUUUUCAUGCACAAUAACUUUCAGUAUUGUGCUGCUGAACAAUUCUGUGAUGAAACGUCACACCCAUGAUUUUCAGUUUAAGAUUGGUGUAAAGAUCUUCUUCCACUUCAUUGUAUUUGAAUGAUUUAUGAAAAAUGAUGGUCUUUACUGGUCAAAGACUAUAGAGAUGUUAAAUUGCAGGGAAAUUUAAGGUGGGACAGAAGGUUUGAAAGUUCAGACAAUAACUAGCCUCAGAAAAUGUUCUUUGCAGUUGAGUGGGGUAUGAAAAUUGGAAUUUUGUGAAUUUUCUUUCCCAGUCAAAAUUCUGUAAAAUAGGACUUUUUUUUUUUUUUUUAACUUCAAUUCCGUAUUUUAAGCAGAUGCUACCCAUAUUCACUUUGUAAGGCCAGUUUAGAAGUCAUGGUCUCAACAGCUAUUUGCUUUAGGCAGACUUGUUUUAUCUUGCCUCACUGAGUUUACGCAGCUUCAUACGCCUCUGUUUAAAGAGCUGUUUGUGGUUAGACUCUCUUAUCUAAUGAGC